AAAUAGCAGACAUUCAUGUAAAGACAAAUCAAGAUAAUCAACAAUGUCUGCAAAUAAGGAAGACCUGUGUCACCACAUGAAAGUAGUUGUUCGUGUACGCCCUGAAAACACAAAAGAAAAAGCAGGUGGAUGCCAUAAAGUUGUUGAUGUUGUGGAUAAACAUAUUCUAGUUUUUGAUCCCAAACAAGAGGAAGUCACGUUUUUCCGUAGAAAGAAAGUUACAAAUUUUGAUAUUACAAAAAGACAAAAUAAAGAUCUUAAAUUUGUAUUUGAUGCUGUUUUUGAUGAAACUUCAACUCAGAUGGAAGUUUUUGAACACACUACCAAGCCAAUUCUUCGUAGUUUUUUGAAUGGAUAUAACUGCACAGUACUUGCAUAUGGUGCCACUGGAGCUGGGAAGACACACACCAUGCUAGGAUCACCUGCUGAACCCGGAGUAAUGUACCUAACAAUGUUAGAUCUUUACAAAUCCAUGGAUGAGAUUAAAGAAGACAAAGUAUGUAGUACUGCAGUUUCUUAUCUGGAGGUAUAUAAUGAGCAGAUUCGUGAUCUCUUAGUAAAUUCAGGGCCACUUGCUGUCCGGGAAGAUGCCCAAAAUGGAGUUGUUGUUCAGGGUCUGACUUUACACCAACCCAAGUCCUCAGAGGAAAUUUUACAUUUAUUGGAUAAUGGAAACAAAAACAGGACACAGCAUCCUACUGAUAUGAACGCUACAUCUUCUCGUUCUCAUGCUGUUUUCCAGAUUUAUUUGCGACAACAAGACAAAACUGCAAGCAUCAACCAAAAUGUCCGUAUUGCCAAGAUGUCGCUUAUUGACCUGGCAGGGUCUGAGCGUGCUAGCACUAGCGGUGCUAAAGGAACCCGGUUUGUAGAAGGGACAAAUAUUAACAGAUCACUUUUAGCUCUCGGGAAUGUCAUCAAUGCCUUAGCAGAUACAAAGAGAAAGAAUCAGCAUGUUCCUUACAGAAAUAGUAAGCUUACUCGCUUGUUAAAGGAUUCUCUUGGAGGAAACUGUCAAACUAUAAUGAUAGCUGCCGUUAGUCCUUCCUCUUUAUUCUACGAUGACACAUAUAACACUCUUAAGUAUGCUAACAGAGCAAAAGACAUUAAAUCUUCUUUGAAGAGCAAUGUUCUUAAUCUCAACAGUCAUAUAUCUCAGUAUGUAAAGAUCUGUAAUGAACAGAAGGCAGAGAUUUUAAUGUUAAAAGAAAAGCUAAAAGCCUAUGAAGAACAAAAAGCCCUUGCUAAUAAAAAUGACAAGACAAAGUUAAUGAUUUCAAACCCUCAGGAAAAAGAAAUUGAAAGAUUUCAGGAAAUUCUGACCUGCUUGUUCCAGAAUCGAGAAGAAAUCAGACAAGAAUAUCUAAAGUUGGAAAUGUUACUUAAAGAAAAUGAACUUAAAUCUUUCUAUCAGCAACAGUGCCAUAAGCAAAUAGAAAUGAUGUGCUCUGAAGACAAAGUAGAAAAGGCCACUUGCAAGCGAGAUCAUAGACUUGCAAUGUUGAAGACACGUCGAUACUACCUGGAGAAAAAAAGGGAGGAGGAGCUGAAGCAAUUUGAUGAAAAUACUAAUUGGCUUCAUCGGGUGGAAAACGAAAUCGGACUCUUAGGUGAAAAUGGUCAUAUUCCAAAGGAACUCAAUAAAGAUCUUCACUGUCACCAUCUACAACUCCAGAAUAAAGAUUUAAGAGCACAGAUUAGAUAUAUGAUGGACCUAGCUUGUCUUCAAGAACAGCAGUACAAGCAGACUGAGGCAGUAUUGAAUACUUUACUUCCAGUCCUACGAAAACAGAAUUGCACAUUAAAAGAAGCUGGCCUGUCGAAUACUGCUUUUGAGUCUGAUUUCAAAGAAAUUGAACACUUGGUAGAGAGAAAAAAAGUGGUGGUUUGGGCUGACCAAAGUAUUGAACAGCCAAACCAAAAUGAUAUACCAGGGAUUUCAGUUCUGAUGACCUUUCCACAACUUGGACCAAUUCAGUCUAUUAGUUGUAAGUACAGCUUUUGCACAUCUUCAAGUGAAUCUAAUCUGCUUAAAAUUCCUCCGCAAAAAAGAACUCGGCGAAAACUAAUGCCUUCUCCCUUAAGAGCAAAACAUACUCAGAAGUCUACACUGUCUGAAAAUAUGCAGCUCAAUGAUUCUCUCACCAAAGAACUGCAACCUAUUGUGUAUACUCCAGAAGACUGUAGAAAAACAUUUCGAAAUCCAUCUCCAGUGGCCUUACUGAGACCAUUAUCACAUACUGCAAGUUUUGAGACCAUAAGCUCAAAUAUAAAUAAUGAUAAUUCUCAAAAAAUGUGUGAAGUAGAUGUCCCUCUUAACAGAAGAUCAGACUGUAGAAGAGAGGAUUUGAACUGUACAUUUACUAUAUGUGAAGACAACAGGAACUUGAAGAGUAAAUACCCUGAAGAGGUAUCACUACCAAACAACAAAACCAUUUCACAAAGGCAUGACCCUUCUUCAUUAUCAAGUAAGCAUUCUAUGCCUGUAUCCAGCAUACCAUCCUACAUGGCCAUGACUACUGCUGCCAAAAGGAAACGGAAAUUAGCAAGUUCCACAUCAAAUAUGCCAGUAAUUGAUGAAGAAAAUCAUGGAUUUGCCAAACGCAUUCGACAUGAUAAUUCAAGUGAUAAGCUCUUACAAGAAAACAGACCAACAGCAGGGCGUAAAAGAAACAUCUCUAAAAUGAAUUCAAGCAUGGUUAGAAAAUUUGGAAGAAACAUUUCAAAAGAAAAUCUAAGAUAA